CUCUUCCGCCCUCCUCAUGCCGCCCGUCGGAGCCCCGCCUCGGCAGCAGCCGCGGCGCGGGAGCCCCGGUUGCCACUGAAAGGAUGCCGGUGUUUGAAAAUAGCUGUUUGCUGAGUGAGACAGAACCACAGCCUGGCAGGUGAUAUCUGAAAGACUAGAAGAAGAACGUACUGUUCUUUUUCUUUGCAUUUGGAAGUUGAUUAUCCAUUAGAAGAAACUCCAAAGGCCAAUUCUGUCUCCUGGAAUUUUCCAAUCAAGAUAUGAUCCCAUUUUGGAUGUCGUAGUUAAGCUCAAGUUACUGCGUUCAGUUUUGAGGUAACUAAAUGAAAUUCUUGGAGAUGUACAGGGGAGGAAGUUAGGGUAGGUUCAUCUGGUUAUUGUCUCUUCCUGGCCUUAAUAUCCGCAGUCUGUUGCCGUAGCGGAGUGCAGCAGUAGCACUGUGCUGGCAAGGAGUACUGCAUCGGGUUAGGAUUUGACUAUGGGAGCGCGGUUCCUGCGGAAGGCAUCUGUCUGGUUAAAGAAGCACAAGAUCACUUUGUUGGCUACUUCUUGCGUGGGACUGUUUGGCGCUAACCUUUCCUAUCACGUAUUUCCUGAACAGACGUUCAAACUGUUGCACGAGUGCUGGUCAGAUGGGCGGCCAGCUGAGCUUUCUCAGAGUCUCUGUGCUGUCUUUCAGGAUGUCCUUCAAGAUACUGCAGUGAAGUCCGCCAACUACCAAGCCUUUGCAGCUUCUGGCUUCCACCCGGUCAGUGCUGGAAUCCCCUGGCUGCCUGCGGGUUCUUUGGUGGGCAUCCCUCCUAAUUUUGAUAGCACAAUUGAGGAUAAAAGAGGAAUAGUCGACCACGUUGUUGUGAUCGGUGGCAAGGAAGUAGACUGGGAAAGCAACGAAGGUGUUGCUUUGAAGGAAGCUCUGACGUUUUCACUUGAAGCGCAGAAGUUUGCACUUGCCAGAGAAGUUGUGUAUUUGCAGAAUGGCAGCCCCUUAGCAAGUGCAGCUGUGGCUCCAACGUGCUUAGCUGGUACGUGUCUCUGUGGGACAGUUAUAAAGGUAGUUUUGGGUCUGUAUUCUGGCCCCAGGGUACUUCGCAGCAUCUGUAACCUCAUCAUUGCUGCCGCUGGACUAAUCCUCUAUUACAUUUCUUAUGAUGCUAUGACCUAUCACCUGGACUGCAAGGCUGACAGGAAUGCAGCUACUGUAUCCAAAGACUAUGCCAAAGGUGGGGUGGAAUUUUAUGACAAAAUCCUGUCCCGCAACAGGAUUCUUCGUGCUCUGAUGGGCAAAGAAGGGACAAAAAUAUAUGCCCCGAGUGGUAACAUUUUCCCAAGGCACUGGUUCAGAAUAAAGUAUACCCCGUACACUUACCGGAGAGAUUUAAUUGUUAAUAUUUUAAAAGAGCUCCAGGCAUAGGAAGGGAGUGCUUGAAUUUUAAACUUGUAAAUUAUGUAUUCUCUUUGGAACACUGCUGUGCUGCCUUUUUUUUCCCCUUCUCUGUGUCUUCAUUAGAAUUUUGGGGUUUAUUUUUGCAUAUAGUUUGGAAGGAGUUAUUGCACAUUUCGUGAAUAAAGAAUUCUCUCUUAAAAUAUUAAAGAGCUGCUUCAAAAGUGUUCUGCUCUGUGUGCAUCUUAAAUCACAAGAGCACUGAAGAAGGGAGCUGCUCAGAUGCUUAUCUGGAAGUUGUGCUGUUCUGUUCCCCCUUACUGCCAGUUCCAGGCUGGAAAAGGGAAAGGGUAAAGUCAAACAGAGUUUUGGGAUCAUUAUCAUUUAAACAUGGGUAGUUUUGUGCGUUUUUGCCAUUCCUCCUAUGGUACAGCCCUAAGAUGUUGAAACGACUGGGAGUCUGUGUUGUUCAGUUACAUAAGUACUGAGACACAGCACUUUUGUUCUGUGUAAGCUCUUAACGCUGUGUAAAUUCUUACAGUACAAUCACCAUUCUUCAGUAGGGCAUGCUCGUUAUGCUGCCAUUUACAUGAGUACAGCUAGAUUAUUAUCUAUCCAAAUCUGGUUUCAUCAGGAUGUCACUGUGACUGCAGUGAGUAUGGGUGUCUCAACAGCAGGACUAUGCAACCAACAUCUGCCAUAGGUUGGGUGUUUUCUCACAAGUGGGAUCAUGCUGUUCAGAAGACGGACUUCAGUUUGCUUUGAUAUGGCUUUCAUUUCAUUUUAAAGUACAUCUCGAUUUUUUUAAUCAACUUUUAUGUCAAGGAAUAAAGGCAAGGUCAAAGAAAUAAAUCUUUAUCCAUCACAA